UUUGCCUCUCAAAGCAGAAUGGGGAAUUUUUGUUUGCUCAUCCCGAAAAUAAACCACCGUCUUUGGCUUUGGCUGCGUGGGUCACCCCGACGCUGCCGACACUAACGCAGCCACUUGGGAACGUCAAACGCGAAUCAGAAUAAAAUAAACAACAAACAAAAGAAAGCCAGAAAGCGUUUCAGGAUACGCGGUAAUAAAAGAACGUUUCUUACUGAACUUACGUUUUUGGUGGUCCCAAAAUGAUUAUAAAACUCUGCCGUCUUUGUCUGGCAAAGACAAGAAAAUUAAUCAAAGUUAGUGAAGUACAGUCGGUUUCCGGCGAUAAGCUAAAUCUAGAGGAUCUCAUUCAUCGAUAUCUGGCGAUUGAUCGCAGUUAUGGCGGCGCCACAAUUAUGCUUUGCACAAAGUGCGCUAAGGUGCUGAAAGAUUGGCACACAUUUUAUCAAUCCUGUCUGGAAAAUGAUGCAAAAUACAUAAAAACAUUGGAAACAAAGCUGGACACUACAAAAACUCGGAACAGACGUUAUGGUAUUGAAACAGUUCUCAUAAAAUCGGAAUAUGUACCCCAGCAUCGCAACGAUCCGAGUGCAAAAUCAUCAAUGGGUUCAAGUUGCAGAAGCCUGCCUGUGGAAGAUAUGCUCGAAGAAACAUCAUGUAUAGACGUUGCAGAAAAAACGGAAAACGAGGAAACGAACGAAAAAAACGAGGAAAGGAACGGCGAUGAAAUGCUAAUGGAAACAAAAUUUGUGCAAAGAUGCCAAAGUUCAAACCCAUCAAAAGUGUAUAGUUCCUUAACUGAUCUUUCCGGCAAUGUUGAUUUCGACCUAGUCCUGAAAUCUGAAUCAACUAUCUACGAGGGCAGCGUGACAGAACAAAUCGACUAUGAUAAUGAAAUCAAUUCGAUAUCCGUUGAUAUGGACGAUGGUCGGGGUGAAUGUAAUACAGGGCCUAUUAAAAACAAAUCAAACUACACUGACGGACGGCGAUUAUGUGAUAACGUAAAAUUGGAUCUAGAAAGCAUGGGCCACGAGCCGGAAUUCGUAUGCUUGACGGACAACAUUUCAGACGAUAACGUGCAAAAUGGUGAACCAAUUUUCGGUCCAGCAAAAUCACCAACGAUGCGUUCGGAGAGCAAAAGUGUUACGCCGGAACCAUCUACCGGAACCGGAAUCACUGAAAACACAGCAAGCACUGUCAAGCCUGUGAGAAGAGCCAAAAUUAGCGGUGUUUGUCACAUUUGUGGCCUGUUUCGAAAACAUCUAACUAUGCAUAUGAAGAUACACAAUGGUGAACGUAAUCACAAAUGCCCUUACUGUCCAGCGGCCUUUGUGGAUUCCAGUAGCUGCAAGCAGCACAUUAACGCUCACACCAGGGAGAAAAUGUACAAAUGCAAUCUUUGUGACAAAGAGUACUCAUCGUUGAAUGUGCUGCGAAAUCAUAAGGACAGUCAUUCCGAGAAAAAGAAACACGUCUGCAAAACAUGCGGCAAUGCAUAUCGCUACAGAGCUGCCCUAAGGCGUCACAUAAAGACGCACACAGACGAACCGAAAAUAAAAUGCACCAAGUGUGAGAUGCGGUUCUACUACAAGGGCAGGAUGCUCUCGCAUUUACGAAGCCAUUUCGCUCCUGAAUUUUCUUGCGCAAUUUGUGAUAAACGAUACACGAAGAAGAGCUCCCUAGACACUCACAUUAAAAUUAAGCACAAGUAUCAAACUGCGUGUCCCCAAGGAUUGCCGACCGAUGCUCCGAUCCGAUGAUCCGAUGACCGAUCUUAGCAGUGCUAGGUAGAUGUACCUUCAUUUAACAUCCUUUUCUUUGCGAGACCGACACCAACAUUCCCAAG